UGUGGACUGGCAUCAUGGAGAAUGAGAAACCGGGGGAGAUGCCUGUGCCGGGCAGGGACAGUGUGAGGGUGGCCGUUCGUGUGCGGCCUUUCAGCCAGAGAGAAAAGAACUCGGGAAGCAAAUGUGUGAUCUCCACGCAUUCCCGAAGCAUCACCAUCCAGGACCCUAAGAAUGAAGACCGUGUGAAGACCUUUACCUUUGACCUGACAUAUUGGUCUCACGAUGGAUUUCAAAAGGAUGAAGAUGGUGUCCUUAUUGCAUCUGAUCCAACUAGUAAAUUCGCAAGCCAGAGUGAUGUCUUCCAUGAUAUCGGAAGGGGAAUUCUAGACAGUGCCUGGCGAGGCUACAAUGCUACUCUCCUGGCCUACGGCCAGACCGGCUCUGGAAAAAGCUACUCCAUGGUUGGCUUUGGCACAAACAAGGGUAUUGUUCCAAGAGUGUGUGAAGAGCUCUUCCAAGCUAUUGAGAAGCAAAAGGAAAAUCUAGAACUCCAGGUCAUGUUUAGCAUGCUGGAAAUCUACAAUGAACAGAUCAGGGAUUUGCUGUCUAGAACCAAAGCUCCUGGAGGGUUAAGAGUCAGGGAGGACCCACAGCUGGGGUUCUUUGUGGAAGGUCUGAAGUGGGUGCCUUGUGAGGAUUAUGCACAAAUUGAGAAGCUGGUGGAGCAAGGAUCAAAAAUCAGGAUGACAGCAUCCACCAACAUGAACGCCAGCAGCAGCCGCUCCCACAUGCUCAUUGCCAUCCAGUUCAAGCAGGUUUUCCUGGACAUAGCUCUUACCAAACAAUCCAGCAUCAACAUGGUGGACUUGGCAGGAAGCGAGAGGCAGAGAUCAUCGGGGUCUGAAGGAGACCGUCUACGGGAAGGAUCGAGGGUCAAUUUAAGCCUAACCAGUUUAGGGAACGUCAUCAGUGCUCUGGCAGACUCGGCCAUGGGGAAAAAAGUUCUGCAUAUUCCCUACAGGGAUUCUGUUCUGACCAAACUGCUCCAGUCAGCUCUGGGCGGAAACAGCCAGACAACAUUGAUUGCAGCCCUAAGUCCAGCUGACAUCUGCUAUGAGGAGACCUUGUCGACGCUGAGGUAUGCUGAGAGGGCUAAGAAGGUUCGGAACAGAGCUGUGAUCAACACCUGUCCACUGGUGACAACGUCCAGGGCUGAGAACACUCUGCUGCUUGGAUUUGGAGGUGCUGGCGCAGCAGCGCACUCAGCCUGUUUCUGGGCAGAACAGCAGCUGGGGACCCGGGGGACCUGGACCCAGCUGCUGGAGAAGGCACGGAGUGAGUGGGAGCAACAGUACGAGGCACUCACACAGGAGCAUCAGAUGGUAAAGAUUCUCCCCCACAUCCUCAAUGUCAAUGAGGACCCACAGCUCACGGGGGUCCUCAAGUUCUUCAUUCACAACGGCUCCUGUGAUGUUGGUCGGGCUACUUCAAACGCCAUCUGCCUUCAAGGCCUUGGAAUUUCAGAUAGACAUGCUUCCUUCGUGAAUUUGGAUGGUAAAGUGACAGUCGCUCCACACAGCAAGUGCAAAGUCAUUGUUAACGGGGUACCUGUCACCAACAGGACAAAGCUGCAGCAUUUGGACCGCAUCAUCUUGGGAUCCAACAGUGCCUUCCUCUACAUCGGGUUUCCCUCUGAGCGAGGCGCAGAAGACCUGAGCACAUUCGACUAUGACUUUUUCCAGCUGGAGCGGGCAGCUGCUGAGGGCGUGAGUGUGGACAUGAUUGGUUCUUCAAGCCCUGGAGACGACCAAGCCAAUCCCAGCAUCUUAGCUGUGUUUCAGGACUACAUCAAACUCAUGCCACUGGUUGUGGAAGCAAAUCAGAUGAGUGAAGAGUUGAAGAAGGGGCUUAAAAUGGAAUUGAAGGUGAAGAAUUUAGCAUCGUCAGAUUCCAGGGGCUAUGACCUCCAGAAAGAGGUCAUGGUGAAGGUGACCAAACAAGGGACUCAUGAGGUAUGGAUUUGGUCAAAAGCCAAGUUCAUCAAUAGGAAAUUCCUGAUGGAGGAACUUUACGAGCGUUUUCUAGAGAGCAAAGACAGCCACGUGGCUCAGGAAGACGACCCUUUCUGGGACCCUGUGGAGGUUGUUCACUUGGGCUCAGCACAUGUCUGGCUGCAGUCCCUGGCUCACUGCAUGAUGAUGGAGGAGCAGGUGGAGUUUCUGAACUGUGACGGGCUGGAGGAGGCCGUGCUGCACAUUCAAGUCACCCCCUGCUCCCCAGAAGGAUGGGCACAUGGUGAGGAAGAUAUGGUUAUUGACCCUUUGGAGCUCUUGGGCAAGAGGAUUGACUUCCAGAUUCACAUCGUCCAGUGCCUUGGUGUCAAGUGGCUGAAGGAAGAUGCAACCCGAGGCAUUCAGAUGGGGUACAAGAUUUAUGAUCUUCCAAACACUUUGUAUACCAAGCCUGUGUGGAAAAUCGUGAAUCCCAGAAUUGAAGAGACAGCCCACUUUGCAGCCUUGGGUGUGUCUCGAGAGUUUCUGAAUUACUUACUGACAAAUGCCCUCAUUGUCGACUUGUGGGGCCUCCAAGAAGGCUGUGCUCACUGGGAUGUCCCCCAGUUGGAUGUCCUACUCACAGGUGAAGGUCACAUCAUGGUAGACACCCAGACAUUUUCCAGUGUGAAGGAUGGGAGGCAGAUCAUGUCAAACCAGGUGCCAGAACUUUAUCAGAAGCUGCUCAAGUCAGAGCAGGAGACGGAGCUGCUGAGAGACAUUAACAGGGCCCUCAGAGGAGAAAACGUGUUUCUCAAGGCAUCACUGGAAAAAGCUGGUUCUGUUCCACAGGCCCAGAAGCCGGAUAAUCCAGAAGGAGCUACAAUGACAGCUGCUAGAGAGACUAAGCAAGUGUGCACUCAGCAAGCCAGCUCUGAUGCACAGCUGGCCAGAGCUCUGAAGGUAUUCUAUCGAGGCAUGAGCGUGGCCAGAGGACAGCUCCUCAGGCUGAGGCAACGCAGACCUCCUGAAGAUGAUCAAAUGCUUCGGCCUUUUGUGCACCAGCAGUCACAGAUGCUGAAGGAUUUGGAGGACCUGCUUGAAUCCAGUUUACACAAGUUGAAGACUGAUGUUGCUUUCAUAGUGAAGAAGAAGAAAGAGUAUCUACUGCCCAGCCAACAGUGA